GGCCUCCGGGCGCGCGCAGUCUGCGUCCCGCACCGCGGGCCGGGCCGGGCCGGGCCGGGAGGCGGCGCGGAGGUCGCGCCCCGAUGCGGGGACCCGGCGGCGCGGCGGCGGAAGGCAGCGGCGCGCAUGCGACCCGCAGGCGCUGGCGAACUGCCCACCCGCCCGCCGCGCGGGUGAAAGAUGCAUCAUGGAGCGCGCCCGCGCCGUGGACGCCGUGGAGACCGUGGGGACCGUGGACGCGCGUUCCCGGGGCCUCCGCCACCGGCCCCCAGGAGACCCCCGGCUGCGACCCUGUGGCUGCAGCUGGCGCUGUGCCUGGGCCCAGCGCAGCUCACACGCGGGCUCGAUGAGCUGCACGUGUGCGCUGACCCCGGCGUCCUGGAGCACGGCUUCUGGUCCCCUAGUGGAGCAGUCUUCUUCGAGGGCUCAGUGACCCGGUUUCACUGCCAGGAUGGCUUCAAGCUGAAGGGGUCCACGAAGAGGCUGUGUGUGAAGCAGCUCAAUGGUACACUGGCCUGGGUGCCCAGUGACAGGCCCAUCUGUGUGCAGGAAGAUUGCCGCAUCCCACAGAUCGAAGAUGCUGAGGUCCAGAACAAGACGUACAGACACGGAGACAAACUGAUCAUUGCCUGUCAUGAGGGAUUUAAGAUCCGCUACCCUGACCUGCACAAUGUGGCCUCGCUGUGUCAGGAUGACGGCUCAUGGGACAAUCUACCCAUCUGUCAAGGCUGCCUGAGGCCUCUGGCCUCCUCCAAUGGCUACCUGAACGUCUCUGAAUCCCAGAGCUCCUUCCCUGCGGGGACUGUGAUCGCCUACCGAUGCUUCCCGGGGUUCAAGCUCGAGGGGGCUGAGCAUCUUGAGUGCUUGCACAACCUCAUCUGGUCAUCCAGCCCGCCCCGGUGCCUGGCUCUGGAAGUUUGCCCGCUGCCUCCCAUGGUCAGUCACGGUGAUUUCAUCUGCCACCCGCGGCCCUGUGAGCGCUACAACCACGGCACGGUGGUGGAGUUCUACUGUGACCCCGGCUACAGCCUCACCAGCGACUACAAGUACAUCACCUGCCAGUACGGGGAGUGGUUCCCCUCCUACCAGGUCUACUGCAUCAAGUCGGCAGAGCAAACAUGGCCUAGCACGCAUGAGACCCUCCUAACCACCUGGAAGAUCGUGGCAUUCACGGCGACCAGCGUGCUGCUAGUGCUGCUCCUCGUCAUCCUGGCCAGGAUGUUUCAGACCAAGUUCAAGGCCCACUUCCCGCCUAGGGGCCUCCCCAGGAGCUCCAGCAGUGACCCCGACUUCGUGGUGGUGGACGGUGUCCCCGUUCUGCUGCCGUCCUAUGACGAGGCUGUGGGCGGCAGCACGAGUGCCUUAGGCCCCGGAUUCCUGGCCGCCAUGGGCCCGGGCUGCCUCAUGCCCGGGGAUGACCAGAGCCCCCCUGCCUACCCCGGGGACCAGGAGGCAGGCAUGAGGGACUCACCAGAGACCUGUGACAGCGCCUCAGCCUCCUCUGAGCUGCUCCAGAGUCUGUACCCACCUUCUCCGGGCCAGGUACGCGCCUGCCAUGCCCCCCAGGACCCCACCAUGGCCCCUGACACCAGGGAGGCCACUGGCACCAGUGAAGCAGCGUCCACCAGCCCGGGCAUCGACAUUGCGGACGAGAUCCCACUGAUAGAAGAAGGUCCCUAGGGGCAGAGGCCCAAGGACCCCUCUGCCCUUCUGAGAAGGGACCUGGAUCCACAGAGCAAGGCCACAGAUGGAUGGCACCAGGCACGGGCGCUAUCUGCUUCAUCUCUGUGGGCGCGAUCCGCAUGGUCCACCAGACUUGCCAUUGGGCCAGCGCUACCAACCGAGAGUCAAGGAGGUGCCAGGACCAGCAGGGAGCGGAGCCCAAGGUCCCUGAGCCGUUGAGGCCGGUGUGAGCGGCCCGCUCUGCACACACUCCACCGCCCAAGCCCCGCCUGAAGCAUGUCUGCUCCAUGGUGUGACCUCACCAUUCACAUCCGAUCGCCGCCCCGGGGGCUGGGUCCUGAGAGCCAGUGUCCUGUUGGCCAGGCCCCUCCUGGCCCUCCUGCCUGCAGGCUUGUGUCCCACAUGGCUGGGUUUGUGGCACCUGCCGGAGGCUGAGACCACGGUGCUGUGCGAUUGGACUCUGGCCGUGAGCCCUCUCGGGGGCUUUCCCUGCGGCCCCCACUCCAAGACCUCACCACACUUUAUUUUCCAGAACAGAAACAUAUUCUGCCUCCAAAGAAAGAGCGAAGCUGAGUUAGUUCUCUCUCCUUUACUCCGUCCCACAGUCAGGGCCCCGGACUGUCCCCGCCUGCUUCCUGCCUCGGAGCCGCUCACGCCUGCCACCCGCCUGCCGCUGAGAGGGCCUGGGCAGCUGCAGGAGGACUAAGACCUGUGGGUCCCCCCUGCAGCACUGCCCUGCAGAGCUGACUCCUUUCCCCAACCCCGGGUUUUAGACAAAGGGGCAGAACUCCGAUCUGUGACUUCGCUGAGCUGGUCAGGCAGCUUGAGCAAGUCUUAUUUUUCUCAACACAGACAGAUUAAAAAUUAAAAAGAA